AUGGCUGGUUUGGAAGUAGCGAGACUGGAACAUGUUGCGGCUGCCUCUGCCUAUGGCAACUUCCUCAAGGUCCAGCCGAGGUACUGGAACUCGUCCAUUGCGACCACAGCCCCGAGCUCCGUGUCGUCCUGCUCCACAGACUCCACCGUCACCCAGACAAGCGUGAUUACGCUGAGCAGCGGAGCAGGCCCCAACCAGCUCUCCGACGCGACGUUCACGCCGACGGUGACGGACACAAACAGCAUUGGCGUCACUGACCUCGACUGCAUCACCAUCACAACAACCUACACCGACUGCAACUACCGCGGCCAGUGCUCCACGCUCACGGCCACAGAGCUCGUGAGCUCGUACACCACCACCAUAUCAGGGCACGUGACCGUGGUCACGGGCUUCGAGACCCUGUCCGGCUCGUCCACGGCGUCGCCCGUCGUCAGCACGGCCGCUGACGAGCAGCACACCGUCCUGACGCGCACCUCUUGCUCCGCGGGCGGGUGUUCGACCUGGACCACCGACGAAAUCGUGUCCAGCUACACCACCACCAUCUCCGGCCACGAGACCGUCGUGACCGAGCUGUGCCCGCUUUCCGGCACGACGUCGGCGCCGGUGGCCACGCCAGCAGUGACAGAAGUCGCCGUUGUCUCGUGCUCAGCGGGCAAGUGCUCGUCGUGGACGACGCAAGAGAUUGUGUCUUCGUACACGACCACGAUCUCGGGCCAUGAGACGGUGGUGACGACGCUGAUCCCGCUCUCGGGCACUUCCGACUCGAGCAACGCCGGCCCCGAAACCGUCACCGGCCCCGAAACCGUCACCGACACGCUGACAUCGUGCUCCGCAGGCAAGUGCUCCACGUGGACCACCAAAGAGCUCGUGUCGUCGUACACCACCACCGUGUCGGGUCACGUGACCGUCGUGACGACGCACUGUCCUGUCUCGUCGGAGGCGGUCGUGAGCUCCAAGGGCGGCGCCGCCGCGUACGAGCUGACGUCGUACACGACGACGGUCGACAACACGCCGACCGUUGUGACGACGAUCUGCCCGCUGACCUCGGCCAGCUCCAGCUCCAGCACCAGCACCAGGACCUCGAGCACAGCCUCCUUCGGAUCCUCCGCCAGCGUGGUCACCGUCACGUCCGUUGACGGCGAAGUCACGACCGUGCUGACCACGUACUGUCCGGAAAGCAGCGCUGCCUCAAGCAGCGCGGCAGCCUUGAGCAGUGCCUCGAGCAGUGCCUCGAGCAGCGCCUCGAGCAGCGCCUCGAGCUCUCCGGUGACCAGCUCCGUGCCUCAGUCGACCGUCGACCUCGCCGAGCCGUCGACAGUGUCCGUGCCCGUCGAGACAGAGCCGUCCGUGGCGCCCGUCGUGUACACGUCGACCAUCUCGAGAGUCCCCGUCGAGCUCACGACAUACUCGACGGUCACCAAAAGCACGCUGCUCACGUCCAGCACGGCCAGCGCCGCCAUCUCGGCCAUCUACAGUUCCUCCCCGGCAGCCUCCAUUUUCGAGGGCGCUGCCGGCAAGAUCAACAUUGGGGUCGGCCUGAUCUCCAUGGUUUACGGACUGCUAUGUGUACUAUAG